AACCGAACCGAGCCGAGCUGGGCUGGGUCGGGUUUGGGUUUGGGUUAUUAAACAAACUUAAUUUUUGUUACCGGUUUGAUUAAUAUUCAGUUACAAAACGUUUUACUGUUUUGGUUUAAAUUUUUCCGUUACAUUGCUUGAUUCUCGUUGCUGUUUUACUGCUAAACGUUGCACCGUUACACUGAUUUAAUGCCUUGAUUCUUGCUUAACGAAUACACUAAUUGCAGUAAACGUUGCUAAUCUUUCUCCCGUUUUCAUGCUUAAGUUGUUACGUAUCUUUACCUAUAAAAGGACGGUUCCAGCUUUGUUUUUAAAAACACGAAAAAAAAAACAGAAAACCACUUUGCAAAAUAUAUUUUCUCUUCCUCUCAAAACAGUCGAGCAGUUUCUUUCUGAUUUUCUGGUGUUCCAUUGUCCGGUGGUUCGGUGCAAAACCGCCGGUAUUUUAUACUUGUGAAAGACUGUUUUAUCCUGGGGGCAUCCGGUUUGGUACGAGCUGCUUGCACAAGUUUGAGGCAGUGCCGCGAAUGUUCUAAAGAGAGCGACAUAGUCCGCGACUCAGUCUUAUUCUCGGUAACAUUGUUCUUACUAUUUUAUUUGUGCAAUUCCGUUUAUAACAGAAUAUGUGGUGAAGGAGCUUGAAUUGGGUUCGGGUUCAGAGGUUGGGAGGGUGGGUUUGAUCUAUCGAAGGAUUGAUGGUAAUGUUAAUUAGGGUUAUGGUUCGCCUGAGAAAAAUCGAUCCUUUGCUAGUUUGAAGAGCAAAGGCUGGAUUUUGAUAGUUUGAAGAGCAAAGGCUGGAUUUUGAUAGUUUGAAAAGCAAUGUGAGAUGAGAUAUGUUGGUAUCUGGUGUUUGGUAAAGGAGGAAGAAGGAAGGAGGGAGAUGUUUGUUAGUGAUGGAGGUUGGUAGUGAAUGGUGACUUUGGUGAAAGAGAUUGGAAAGAAUAAUGAUUAAACAAGUUAGAAGGGUGGGUGUAUGAAAAAUAAAGGGGGCAAUUAUGUCAUUUUACUUUUCAUUUUGUCAAUAAUCUAACCAUGGUUAAAACUUUAAUAAAAUUACCAUUGAUGUUAUAAUUAAUUUAGCAACAUUAAUACAAGAUUAUCAAUGAUAAUUUUUUUUUUUUUUUUUCAUUCUACCAAAGAGAAAAAGAGAAAUUCUCUUAUAAAUCUUGAAUCAUAAGAGAAUUUCCCAUGUAAAGUUUGAGACUCGAGAGUGCCGUGAGAAUGCUAUUUUAUAGAUAUAGAAUUUGGGCCAAGCAAUGCAUUUUUAGGCUUGUCUAAACCCACCCUAUUUUCGGGCCAGAUUGGCCCGGGUUGAUGUUAUCAGUCUUAUCACCACGGUAGCAUCUCUCAUUGAGUCAUUGCAAUUAUUCGUUCGUUCUUCAUCAAAAUUUUCGUUACUCCGAAUUAACUUCUGGGAUUACCGCCUAAUUUUGUCAUCAGUCAUGGAACCAGGUACAUUCGAUUCUCUAACCCCAUCUCGCUAUGUUUCAUUUACUCUUCCAAUUUACUCUGUUUCUUGCCCAAUUGACUAUUUUCAUACCAAAAACCUUCAAAUUUCUGUUCUUGAUUCACCUUUACAACCCAUUAAUUCCCCCCAAAUUGCAGCUAUGUUAGUCCCAAAACACCGCGAAAAUGAUUGGAUUUUCGCCACAGAAUCUGGGCAUCUCCAGCUUUUAUUGGGUUCUCCUGGAAUCUCCAGGUUAAUUUUAAUUGGUAGUGCUUCUAAUGGUGAGAUUAGUGUUGGUAAUUUGUAUAAAAGUUCAAUUGAAAAUUGCCCAAUUUAUAGGGAGAAAUUGGAGAGAAGUUUAUACCCUUUAUUGAUGGCUUUAUUACCCAAGGAAAUUGCUCAACUGGGAAAUGUUGAAGUACCCUUUUUGAGUUAUGAGGAUAGUGUAAUUAGUAGUGUUGUAUUAGAGAGGAGCACUGGGUCUUGUGUUGGGGAAAUGCUGGUUGAAGAUGUCGAAAUCGAGGGUUCUAGGAGGGAAUUUAGGAGAAGGUUGAGGUUUAAGAGAAUGCCCAAUUUGAUACAGACUGAAAUCAGUGUAGUGCCAAAUAAUGGAGUUGAUGAUACUGGAUUGAAUUCUUUAUGUAUUGAAGAGGCGGAGUUUUGUCUGGAUUUAGGGGUGUUGGUGCAUCCUUACUUGGCACCGAUGGUGGCCGGUCUGUCCUUGAUCAGUGGGUAUUUACAGGAGUGUUUUGAAUCUAAGGUUAGGCCAAGAGGGCUUUGCAUUGGCGUUGGAGGUGGGGCAUUGCUUAGUUUCCUAUCAUUGCAAUUAGGUUUUGAGGUUGUUGGUAUUGAGAUGGAUGAAGCGGUUUUGAGGAUCGCAAAGCAAUAUUUUGGGCUACAAUCUGGUAAUAGUAUUCAGCUUUGUCUAGGAGACGGGAUCGAAAUAUUAAAGAAGGUAGCAUUGUUUGACUGUGAUAAUGCAUUAAGUCCUUCGGUUGCCAAUAACGCAGGAGAGGAACAUUGUAAGGAUUAUUUUGAGUUAUUUGGCCCUAAAUUUCUUGUUAUCAUGGUUGAUCUGGAUUCUAGUGAUUCUAAAAUGGGUAUCAGCGCCCCUGCAUUGGAGUUUUUGCAAAAAGAUGUACUUCUAGCGGCCAAGACGUCUCUUUCUGAGCAUGGAAUUCUAGUUUUGAAUGUAAUUCCUCCAAAUGGGUCAUUCUAUGAUAUGCUGAUACAUGAAUUGCAAGGAGUAUAUGUGGAUUUGCAUGAAAUAGAUUGUGGGAAUGGAGAGAAUUUUGUUCUUAUAGCCUCAAAGACAUCUGUCACUUGUAGUAACAGUGUUUCUGAAAAUGCAUUUCUGAGAAAGCUGAAGUCUGUUAUUUCAGGAACAUUUGUGGAUUUUAUCAGGAAAAUGUGAAGUUAAUGAUCCAUUCUUGUUGUGGGAUUCUGAUUUCAAGGUGCUAUGAUUUGAUUGAGAACACUCCUGUAGAUUUUGUCAUGCUGUUAAUGGUUGCAUUUCUUGGUUUCUAUUGGGAAGUUUGGAAAGCAGAAUGCUAUAUGUAAGCUAUGUCCUAUGUGUAACAAGUGAUAUUUUGAGCAUGUGAACUGAGUUAAAGGGAUGAACAAAAAGAAGUAAUGUCUUUAACUUGUUAUAGGCCCUGAUUUUAACUGAAACCAAGAGUUUGAGAAUUUUGUGAGGUGAUAUUAUCGCGGUAGCUCUGAGUUCAUUCAAUGAUGAUUUUAGAAAAGAUGUACAUAAACUCCAUGAUGCUUAGGGUAUUUGAAGACGAAUCCCCAAGAACUGCAGAAGCUGAAUUCGCAAUCAGGUAUGCUAAAUUCUCUUUUAAAAUUAGGGUUCUUCGCACAUUAUAAUUGGGGGAAAUUGGGGGAUUUUUGAAUUAGGGUUCUUGUUCUUCGCACAAAUUAUUUGGGGUAUUCCCACAAUAAGGGUACCUGCUACUAAUGAAUUGGGGUUUUUAUGAAAUUUGGAUAAUUUUGAGUUAACAUUUGUGAAAUUGUGUUUAAAAAUUGUUUAUUUAUGUAUUGUUAUGAUUGAUUGGAUCAUGUUGUAAGCUAGUUCUGUUUUUUGUUGUUGGAAUUCUUCUCGUAGAAAUGGAUGAGGAUAAGGUGAUUUUGAGAUUUAAGUACUUGAGUUUUGUUGUAGACAUUGAAGUAGAAGUAGGAAAAAGUAACUUGAUGGAUACUGCAAUAGAAUUUGAAGAUCGGCUUCAUGAAAUGGAAGAUCCAGUAGAAGGUCAGUAGACCUCUUGUACCCCACAUUUCAGUAUGUUUAUAAAGGGAAAUAUUAGGCUUUAGAAGAUGAUGGUGACAUGCUCAAGAUGUUUAGGAGGUUCCCGAUUCUGGACAUGUUUACCAUAUAUGUUGGCACCACUGAUGAUCCUGGUUUCUUGAAUGACUUAAUCUUGGAGUAUAAGAUGAAACAAAAUGAGACAUGGCCACCACAUGGUUAUCCUCAUUUUGAAGGUCAACCACCAUAGUGACUAGGUGUGCUCGAGUAAGAUGUGUAUAACAACUUGUUCAAUGGAAGUGGUUGGUUGAAUUGAUAUGUUUUAUGCUAAUUGCAAGUUGGAAGAUGUCCUAGAAUAAUUUAUCUCCCACCAACCAAAAGAAAUGUAAUCGUGGAUUGCUUCUUGCAAGGUUGACAUCUUGGACCAGGCACAGAGAGGAAAUUUAGGGCUUGCAAAUUCUAUGACCCUAACACUGAAACUAGGGGGUGCAAGUGUUUUGAAUGGGUUGACAUAGAUGAUGGAAGUGAUUGGUAGAGAGAUGUGAUCAACCAACUUUUGCUUGACAAGAAAUUGAUGAAAGCUGAAUGAGGUUGACACUUUGAAACUGAAAUGCAAAGCUCUAAGUGGUGGCAGGAAGAAGAUGAUCAGCAGCAGUGGCAAUUCUCAUAGCAAGCUCAUGGUUUUUUCAGUUGUUUUGUGUUUAGAUCUUUUGGUUUUAGGUUGUCUUGUACUCAAUAAACUGGUUUAAGGGGGAAGUGGAGUGAAGGCAGGGCUGAUUGUAAUGCUAAACUAAGUAGUUAGUUGUCAAUGAAAUAAACAAGUUAUUUUGGUACAUCUAUUUUGUCCAAAUUUGUGAUUGCUUUGACUUUCAUAAUUCCAGCAUAUUGAUAAAACAACAACUUUUUUUUUUUUUUAAAAAAAAGACAGCAAACUUAUGUGAAGGUAAUAAUACUGAUAUUUCAU